UGCUCUCUCUCAACCGCCCCGAUCGAAACCCCCUCCAAUCGCUCGAAAAUUAAAUCCCCACGGUGUAUUUCUUUCCCAAAUGUCAUCGCUCCUUAGAUCCGUCACCAGAGUCUCAUCCCGUACCGCCAUCCGCCAAUCCACCUCCCUCCUGACAAAGUUCCGGCCUCAGCCCUUCAGCCUCCACGCCUCCAAGAUGUCUGACCAGUCCAUCGUCUUCACCAAGAACGCCCCGGCCCCUGUUGGUCCUUAUUCCCAGGCCAUCAAGACCCCCACCGCCAUCUACUGCUCCGGCCAGAUCCCCCUUACCCCCGAGGGCAACCUCCUCGAGGGCUCCAUCACGGACAAGACCAAGCAGUGCAUCGCCAACCUCGAGGCUGUCCUCGUCGAGGCCGGCUCCUCCAUUCAGAAGGUCGUUAAGGUUAACAUCUUCCUCGCCGACAUGGGCAGCUUCGCUGAGAUGAACGGCGAGUACGAGAAGUGGUUCACCCACAAGCCCGCCCGCAGCUGCGUUGCUGUCAAGACCCUCCCUAAGAACGUCGACGUCGAGAUCGAGGCCAUCGCCCUUCCCUAGGCGCCUCUUGGGUGUCGGAGCCAGGUAGAUUUACAAUUCAAAAUAGUCAAAACGUCAACACAACUCC